AUGCAAAUCUCAACUACUAUGUACGUAUCUUAUUCGCCCUGGAGCCUCAGUAUCGGAUUUGUUACCCAAAUUCGGUCUCCAGUCCGUUUCACACCCCUGGAGUUGGUCGUGGAUCUGCCGGGGCCCUUGUCAAUCCACGUUCAAGUGGCUUUAGCUGUCACACUAGGCCUCGCCUCGAUUCUAUACCCUGUCGUCUGUCGAGGUAUUGUACAUUAA